AUGUCCAGCCCUUCCAACGAACAGACCAUAUCCCGCAAUCGCCCUGGCUCUGCAUGUGCAGAAUGCCGCCGUCGAAAGAUGCGCUGUGAUGGGAAGCAUCCCGCAUGCGAUAACUGUUCAACUGCGGGUAUAGAAUGCAUAUUCGGCCCCCAGACUUCACGCCGGGGUCCCAAAAAAGGUCACAUGAAGAGUCUGCAAAUGCGCAUCGAAUACCUCGAGAGCAGACUGAUACACGGGCAUCCGUACCCUACGGAGUUUGCCACGGACAAUAACAUUGUGUCUGUGGGACCUGGCUGUACUGGGGAAUCCCAAUGGAAAGCACUUAUCGACGAGUUCAACGUUCUGGGGACAGCCCCUUUACCGCCAUCUAUAGGGGCGGUUCCCAUCUCGGAAUUACUACAUGCCGAACUUGACCAGUUGUACUUCGAUCGCGCACAUGCUUUUAUCCCAAUUGUAAAUAGAUGUCGCUACCUAUCCUGGACCAGAAACAUCGACAAAUCUGCAUCAAAGAGGUGCCUGCAGUACGCCAUGUGGACGAUGACGGCGUCCAUGUCCUCCCAGCUGGACCACCUGUGCGAUGUGCUUUACCGGACUACACGGAUGCUAUUAGGGUUCUCACGAUUGACAGAUGAUAUAGCGUUCUAUGAGAUUGAACACGUGCAAGCAUGGUUGCUCCUUGCUGUUUACGAGUUCACCCACCACCAAUUUCGUCGUGGGUGGAUGAGCGCUGGGCAGGGAAUUCGACUCGUGCAGUUGAUGAACUUGCAUAGAAUAGAUGUCGAUGAGAAUAGCCUAGGCUUUCGCAGGAUAUGUGGAAUGGACGAACUCAUUUGUGAAGAGGAGAAGCGCCGUGUGUUUUGGAUGGCAUACAUCCUAGACCGAUUUGUUUCCCUGCGCCUGGAGAACCCGUUGACUUUCGAUGACAGGAUUAUUGCGACACGCUUACCUGCUACAGAGGAGGCCUUCCAGACAGGUCAACUGAGCCAGUCGAUGGGCUACCUUUCGGAAUCAAUGACUGCAGCUGAUUCGACACCCCAAACAGAGCUGACGGACCUGAUUGUACUGGCGGCUUUGUGUGGACAAAGCAUGUCUCACCGGCAGAAGACAACCGCUGAACAAGUCCACUGCGGCAUACCCAACAGUUUUUGGGAGCGACAUAGGUGGCUAGAUGCUAUUCUUGUCCAGAAGGCUCAGGGCAUUUUAGCACGUCGGCCAGUAUUGCUAAUGAUACCCGUCGAUCCGAUGUCAAUUUUUCUCAAUCUCGUGGCGCAGUCGGUUCUUCUCUCCCAUUGUACGGCGAUGGAGUUAGUUAGUGUGGCUGAAAGCAAUGAGAUGGCCCUGUGUCGACAGAGGGCGUUGAUUGCUGCGCAGGAGAUUGUCCGACUGACAGGGAUGGUAUCACAGCUGAAUUAUUUUGAGAUCCAUCCGUUUACGCCGCUGCCCGUCAUUCUCUGUGCCGGGUUUUUGAUGCAUCAGAGCAUGGAUGCCUCAUGUGCAUUGCAGCUGCAGGAAAUACUCGGUACAGUGCAGCACUUGGCAAGCACCAACUAUCUGUGUCGGGAGUGGGCUAUUCAGCACUCUUGUAUGUUUGCUCCUGACAACAGCAACGCUUGAUGCCGGAAUCGUAGUAGUGCACAUCAUUUUCACCAUGAAUUCUGUACAGUCCGAGUGACUGGGCUAUUCAAGGGCUACUGAUGUUGCAUCAUGUAUAUUGUCGCUGCAUCUACGAGUCCUCAGCGAGGUACUGCCAAGGCAGUUGAGUCGUGAGUACUGCCGAAGCAGGCCAGGACUCGAUCGCCGGUUUGGAAACAGAGCUCACUGGCUGAAAAAGGUGAUCAGGCGGCCUCUUCCGCCUAUAAUAUACUUG